CUUUAUCUAUCUUAGCCGGCGCUGCCCCCUGUGUGUUAGCCUGCCAUCCUUCCCUCCUGACUACGGCUCAUCUCUCGCCAUGCUCAUCUCCGUCCCGAUCUCUUUCAUUGCAUCCCUCUCACACAUCGUGAUCUGCAGCUGUUUCAAGUUAUAUGCUUGCCGUGUGUCUUUCUCUCUCACCGCACAGCUAUUGACAACCCGUCUCGUGUCUAUCUUCCGUCAUGGCAAACGAUGCCGCUGUAGUAUUUCUAUUUCUGUGGCAUCAUUCUGGUGUCCAACGCAUUGUCCGCGACACUGCUCAUGUGAAGAUUCUCUACGGCUCUCGCCGUAUUUGUUCCUUGAUAAAUUCUGUCUGGAAAGAUGGCAUUUCCAAUGUUGUUGUUCCCCUUGGUCAUAUGCUCGCGGACGACUCGAGCCACUUCUCAUAUCGACUAUCACGUGCGGCAUUGAAGUUGCGCGCACUGUUGUUAUGGCUUGAACUUCCCCCUCAACACAACACUGGUUCUCCACUACAUGCACGUUAUUGCAUUUUUUUCAUCAUUCAUACCGAUCCCGCGGUGCAACACGCCCCUAUUCAGCUUUCUUACUUUCUUCUUUGGUUCACAUACCAUUACAUUCAACACUACGUCCUUUCUGAUUACACAUUCAACCCUCAUGAUUUCGCACGUCUCUUGCGCUGUUCAUACUCCCUGACGCCGUCCCACUCCUAUGGUGCUUUACUGUACAAUCAUGGGCUACGUUUCGCGUACGGUGACGCAUGUGCUAACGCCCAUGAAUGCCCUGCGCUGUUCCUCUCACAGCGCUACGACUGCCCUUUGUCGACAUGGCCUGCGAAUGAUGCCGAGAUGCGCCUGCCAUCAACUAUCGACAUGUGCUACCAUAGUGCAAGUGCCCUACUUCAAUGGUAGCCGCCGCUUCAUCAUUCUACUCUGACUAUUCGUCCUCACGGCGGCCCCUGUGUGUAUGUGCCACCAGUCGAUCGUCGCACCAUCUACAAUUAUCUAGAUCGUGUAUUUUGUAUUGUGCCACAAUGGCGUCAAGUCCACAUGAGACUUCCGCUUUCUUAUAUUCAUCUCGGCGUUGAUCUCGAGCAUUGUCCACAUCUGUACUUUAUCCCCUUUGCCGGAGCGCACAGAAUGCCUGCCCGACAUAUAAAAUAUCUUAUUAUUCGUCA